AUGAAUGCCACUCGCGUUCGACAUCUGGAGAAUGCACUCAAUCUUUUCGACAAGACGCGGAAGACCGAGGCGCCUGCUCUUCCGCUGGACCUCUUCUUACGGCGGUACUUCCAGGCGCACAAGUUCUUGGACGAGAAAGACCGUGCGUGGAUUGCAGACAAGACCUAUGAGAUGCAUAGGUGGCGAGGCCUAAUCGACCAUUUGACCCCACAACCGCACAAUUGGGUGCGGGAACGUUUUGUGCUGAGCUAUGUGUGCCUGCACGCUUUGAAGCAGCCUUUGGUGUUGCUGCAAGCCAGUCCCAUGACAAGACUGAUCCAGCUGAAGACAAGCUCAGGCGGCCUCAUGUCCAUCGCACGCGGGUAUUCACAUGUGGACAGUUGGAUCAUCGAGCCUCAAGUUCAAGCGGCGCUCCACGCCGAGCAUGAACAAAAGACGGGCUCAUUCAAAAUUCGCGGUGCCAUCCAUGCGAUCGGUUUGUCUUCUGCGGACUACAUCGUGACGCAAUCAAGUGGCAACCAUGCCCAGGCGAUAGCCCUGGGCAGCAAGAUUUUGGGGAAGAAGGCCAUCGUGGUCAUGCCAGAGGACUCCCCCAGCGUCAAAGUCAGCGCAGUGCGAGACACCUACGGCGCAGAGGUCAGGUUUUGCAGGCCCACGCAGGAGGCACGUGAGGCCAUGUCAGCUGAAAUUGUGGCUGACCUUCGUCUUCAGCAUGGUGCAGACAAGGCUGAAGAGAUUCACCCAAACCAGGACAUCCGCGUGGUGAACGGCCAGGGCUCUGUUGCUCUGGAGCUGCUGGAGCAACAGCCCGACCUGGAUGCCAUCGUGGUGUCCAUCGGGGGCGGCGGCCUGAUCUCUGGAAUCGCCACAUACGUCAAAAGCGUCAAUAAAGCCAUCAAAGUGAUUGGUGCAGAGCCCGAGCGUGCCAGAAGCGCUUUCAUGUCGAAGCAGGCUGGUAAGCUGGUGAAGAAUCCCCCAAACACCGUCAUUGACACCAUUGCCGAUUCUGUCAAGAGCAGCCUCGGUCCAACGACGUACCCCGUCGUCCAGGAUUUGGUGGACGAUGUCUUUACCGCCACCGAACAGGAGAUCGAGGAUGCUACCAAGUUCACGUUGGAGAGAGCUAAGCAGGUCAUCGAGCCGGGAUGUGGUGUGGCAGUUGCCGUGGCAACAUCCAAGCAGCUCUAUGAUCGGUAUCCUGAGCUCCAGAAGAUUGGGGUCGUGCUGUGUGGUGGUGUCUCGGCAGCUCGAAGCACUUUCUUCAUGGGGGACCGGUGGCGAGCGCAGUCUCAGAACAAGAAGCUUCCUCACCACGUGAGGUGCUCCUUUCCGUCUGAAUUGUUCAAGCGGAUGGAAGACAACGUCGGCACAAAGGUGGCGGUGGAACUUUGCGAGAUACUGAAUGAGCCCGCGAUGACAUUCCUGCGCGUGAACACUUCACGAAUUUCGAGGGACAAGGUCUUCACCUUCCUGAGCAGCAGAUCCGUGCCCGUGGAGAAGACGCAGAAUUCCCAAAUGGGCCUCCUUUUGACUUCCAAGCAGAACUUGCUCGAGGUGCCAGAAUACAAGCUGGGGGGAUGCUUUAUCCCAGAGAUGGGCCAAGAGGGAAGAAGAGUUGGAGGAGGUCGCUUCUUGCUUUCGAAGAUGCUGGGAAGCGGGUCCUUCGGCCAGAUCUACAUUGCCAAGGACUCGGAACAGGGCGAUCGCGAUGUGGCCCUCAAGCUUGAGGUCAAGGACACGAAGCACCCGCAGCUGAUCUACGAGGCCAAGCUGCUCAAGCUGCUUCAGGGAUCGCCUGGUGUUGCAGAGAUUUUCUAUUUUGGCUUCGAGGAAGACUUCGCAGUCAUGGCUAUGGAAUUGAUGGGGCCGUCGCUGGAAGAUGUCUUCAACCUUUGCAAGCGCAAGCUGUCUCUGAAGUCCACGCUGAUGUUAGCUGACCAGCUGCUUCUUCGGAUCGAGCAUUUUCACAACCGCCACUACAUACACCGCGACAUAAAACCCGACAACUUCUUGAUUGGCCGGGGGCAGAAGUCAAACCUCGUGUACAUAAUCGACUUCGGCCUGGCCAAGAAGUACAGAAACCCGGAGACUCUGGUCCACGGGCCAUACCGUGAAAACAAGAACUUGACGGGCACUGCCCGUUAUGCUUCACUGAAUGCGCACCUGGGCAUCGAGCAGAGUCGUCGCGAUGAUUUGGAAGCCAUCGGCUUUGUUUUGAUCUACUUCCUCAAAGGCUCCUUGCCCUGGCAAGGCAUCAAGGCGGAGGGCAAGCACGACAAGUAUGCGGCCAUCAUGGAGAUGAAGAUCAAAAUGAGCUUCACGGAGCUAUGCCAAGGCCUGCCAGAGGAGUUCGCAACGUUCCUCAGCUAUGCCCGGCAUCUGUCUUUCGAUGAAGAUCCUGAUUACCGAUACAUGCGCUGGCUCUUCAAGAGUUUGUACCAUCGCGAAGGCUUUCGUAAUGAUGGCUGCUUCGACUGGAACGUUGUGAGGGCUCGGCCAGCCUCGGAGGUGGCAGAGCGUCGUGAGGCAAGACUUCGGAAAAUGAGCGCGAGCGUGGUGGCGAGCCAGCCUUCGGACCGUGCAGCGGAUGACGUCGUCCUCUCUUUUCGUUCGAGCAACUAA